UUAUACAAAGACUGUCUUGUUCUUACAGCACAUACUCUUCAUUAUCAUUAUCACUCCUAUCAUCAUCAUCAGCUUCUUAACUAAACAUGCAAUCGCUAAAAAUCAACACAAAACUCUUCUCUACUUUUGCAAUACACUCUCUACAGUCCACCUCAUCAUCCUCAGCAUCGCGACUCCAGUGAAUAAAUGUUGUCCCUCACAGGGGGGCGCAGGCUAAGUGUUUCUGCUUUCCUUAUCUGAAAGGAUCUCUAUCCUGCUAUAACGAGGCACUUGACCUCCCUCGGCGCUCUCCUACUCCCCGGCUGACGCAAAAAAGUGGGCUGGCGAAGCGCUAAGUGCAGUAGUUUAGAGGACUAUCGGUGCGCACCGAAACAUCACUAGUCAAGCAGACUUCAGUUAGGACGCCUAUCUCGGUUCAGCCGUCUCUCUCGGAUGUUAUAGGCUACAAAUGCAAAAGACCUUGACGGAGAUAACCGGGAUGUGUACGGAUGUGUGUGAGAAAGACAACACUUGCGUUUCCUCAAAACUUGUAGCAGCCUCCUCCAUUCAGUAAGUUGAGGGGUUGAUGAAACUUUUUUUUUUUUUUUUUUUGAAUGAGUAUCCCGCCGCUGGCUGGCACAUCUGGACUCGGGGACGUCGGACCUGUCAAGUCCAGCGCCAGAGUUUAGCCGGACUUCACCUGAACCCCCACUCUUCUGUUUUGUCCUUCCCGAACUUUAAGGCGGAAUAUGAGACUUUAAAUUUCUUGCCUCUCUAUUUUUAAAACUCUUUUCUUUCUUUUUCUUUUCUUUUUUUUUUUUUUUUUUUGCAUAAUUACAAGGCACAAAAUGGAACACUCAAUCCUCAGAGUAACAUGCGUCUUGGUGGUUAUCUGUCUCUUGGAUAAAAGGGUAGACUCCAAUGAAAUCUUGGGCCUGAAGCUCCCCAACAUCGACCCGAUCCUGAAUGCCAACACGGUGUGUCUGACACUGCCGGGUUUGACGCGGCGCCAGCUGGAGGUGUGCAUGCGUAACCCAGAUGUGACGGCUUCAGCAAUCCAGGGAAUCCAGAUUGCCAUCCACGAGUGCCAGCACCAGUUCAGAGGGCACCGCUGGAACUGCUCCAGCCUGGAGACUAGAAACAAAAUACCCUACGACAGCAUAGUCUUUAAAAGAGGUUUCAGAGAAAGUGCCUUUGCAUAUGCCAUCGCAGCAGCAGGUGUGGUGCACGCAGUAGCCAAUGCCUGCUCCAUGGGGAAACUGAAGGCAUGCAGCUGUGACGAGAAGCGGCGUGGGGACGAGGAGGCCUUUCGCAUCAAACUGCACCGUUUGCAACUGGAGGCAAUCCACCGGGGGAAGGGUAUGGUACACGGCGUCAUGGAGCACUUUCCCGCCGAUCUGCCGGGACCCCAGGACUCCUGGGAGUGGGGCGGCUGCAGCCCCGAUGUGGAAUUCGGCGAGAAGUUCUCGAGGGACUUCUUGGAUGCCCGCGAAACCUACAAGGACAUCCAUGCCCGUAUGAGGCUGCAUAAUAAUAGAGUUGGGAGACAGGUGGUGCUCGACCACAUGAGAAGGAAAUGCAAGUGCCACGGGACGUCCGGGAGCUGCCAGCUGAAGACCUGCUGGCAGGUCACCCCAGAGUUCCGGGUCGUGGGCUCGAUCCUCAAAGAGCGCUUCCACAUCGCCACACUUAUCAAGGCUCACAACCGAAACACUGGACAGCUCGACCACUCCCACCACAACAACCACCACAACCACCAUAACCAUCACAACCACCACCACCAUCAUCACCAUCAUCAGAACAACCACCACAAUCACCAUCACCACACACAUCGGCGACGGCCAAGCAUCAACGAACUGGUCUACUUUGAAAAGUCGCCAGAUUUCUGCGAGCGGGACCUGGGCUCGGACUCAGCGGGCACGCAGGGCCGGAUCUGCAACAAGACCAGCCCUGGAAUGGACAACUGUGAGAGCCUGUGCUGCGGGAGAGGCCACAACAUCCUGCAGCAGACGCGGAGUGAACGCUGCAAUUGCAAGUUUCACUGGUGCUGCUAUGUGGUGUGCGAAGAGUGCAGGAUAACAGAGUGGGUCAGUGUCUGUAAAUGAAGAAACACACACUAAAAGACUAUACACAUAAAGAAAACUAAGAAAAAGACACUUUUUAAAAUCAAGACUAUCAAUUUGAAAGGGGAAUAUGACUGUAAUAUAUGUGCCCCAUACCUUUUUGCGGUGGACUGCUGUUUUCCAGGAGAGAAAAGACAAAAGUGUAAAGCAGUUGAGCCAAGAGAUAGAUAUGCAUUUUGGUAAAGUGUGACCACAUGUGGCAUAUGUCUAAAGCUGCCACAACUCAGAAAGCUUGGAUGAUUAUUGCUUUCCUCUUGAGACAAAGGAACAUAGUUAUAUCAGAUAAAUAUCUGAAUACUCCAAAUAUGAAAUUUGGGUUUUGGCAGACUAUUGUUGUUUCAUCAGCAUAUGUUGACUGACGUACAGCUGCAUGAGAUUCAGGUGAGCAAAGAGGAUGUUGAGCAUAAGCAGUAGAUUGCAUGCAGAAAGAAAAUAAUAUUGCUUCAUAGCACCAGCAAAAGGCAGAAAAGCUGAUGUCUGCAUCCCAUGAAACUUAAAAAAAUGGGGGAAGACAUCUGUUUUGUUUUGUUUUUUAAAAGAUCGUACAUUAUACAGUAGUCCCUCCAUCACAUAUAUGAUGACUUACAGCAUAAACACAGUCAUGUUACACAGUAUUUGCCAUAUCUCCUAUUUACAACAUAGAGGGACAAAUACAGAUCUUUUCACACAUCAGGAUUCACAGUGCACGCUAUAUCGCUAUCUGACACAGCACAACACACCUGGAGCACUUAAGGAUUUAGUGCCUUGUUCAAGGGCAGUUCAGAAGUUCCAAUGUUUAUAGGAAGUAUCAUGUUACAGCUAAAAAUACAUCAGAGGAUUGUCCAGCUCAACUGACACUCUGUAGAUGUAUGAGUCAAUAUUACUAUGUUGUAUGCAUCAUGUGUAACCUUGUUGACAGCAAUGACACCCAUCAAUAAAUACAUUCACACAUUUUUGGUAAAAAAUUAAAAACAAAAGACUCCAAAAUCGAGUCCUAAAACAGACUGGACUAUUUAAUUCAGAAGACUGCAAUAAAGGGGCAAACUUUUAUAAUAUAAUGAUGGCUACUGCAAAGGAAGUCGUCACAGCAGUGAUGAAUCAGAAAGGCUGAAGCAGAAGUAAAUCAAAGGACCUAACUGAAAGUCUGAUUGUUGGUGCGUCUUCCUGGCAUUCCUCAUAUCAGACCCUUACAACUGAAACUCUUUCCUUUCCUCUAACAGAGGGUCUUUAAAUAAUAUCCACACAAAGCAGCUUCCAAUAGAGUAACACUUGCCCUAUACGGUGUAAUUCUGUGAAUCUAUGUGAAAAUGCUGUUUGAAAACCAUUGUGACAAAAGCUUGUACAGCUGUUUUGAAAUAUAUAUUACAGCUUCCCUAAAACACCGGACAUUGUUCGGAGUUAUGUUGUCCAAAAUGUUCCAUGUGUUGUGUGUGGUAUGUAAUAUAAGAGGACUGUCAGAGUACAGUGCACAGUAGACCUUCAUUUUAAUUUUCAUCUUCAGCAUGAUCUGAACAGCAUUGUAAAUAAAACUGAAUGAUGCUGCACAAAUACCAUCAAUACAUUAAGAGUGCCUCAGGAAGCUGAGCGCACAUGAACAGGCUUACGUUCCUCACACUAUAAACAUCCCAAGCCAUCAUCAAUCCUCCUGUUUUGUGAUGCAAUGUACUGUGUACGACACUGUAUGCUUCUUGUGAUAUAUCUACACUCACCUUUUUCACACUUCUUCGAUGUGUGCAAAUAGGGAUAAUCUGUCAACUUCAGAGUAUGUGAGUAACAAAGUUGAUAUGAAUUUCUGCCUAUGCACAUUUUGAAGAUCAUAUUUGGUCUCAAGAAACUUGUAUGAGCGAUGCUCCUUAUCAGACAGUGUAAUUUAUUAAUUCUGUGUUGAAAGCAGAGGAAACAAUCUGGAAUUAUGUGUCCAGUGUAGUGUCCAGAUUAUUUUGAUUCUGAUAAGUAGUUUGCACAUACAGAACUGUCCAGGAAAACUCUGGGAGAUAUCAGCAAUAUGCAUUUUUUUUCAUGUCAAAAAUGUAAUGUAUGUAUGUAUGUAUUUUUAUGUUUUAAUAUGGUUAUUAUCUAAGUUAUUUUAUUUUUGUGGAUAACUUAAUAUUUGUAAGACAAUAAAGAAAGGCCGUAAUAUGGCCAUAAAGUAGGGGCUUUAAUGUGAUGAAUAAAAAAAAUACAUGAAUGCAGUGUAUUUGUAAGAGAA